CAAUGUCAAGCAAAGCAAAGCAAAGCCAAGCUCUCCCAAUCCCCUACUCAUCCCUUCUUCCUCACAGAAACAGAAGCUUGUUAAAAAAACAAGUGGGCAUAAUAGCUAUCCUCCUCUUUCCUCUUCUACAUCUUCUCUCUUGAUUUUCACCUACUACUCUCACCCACCUCCUCAUCUUGCACAAACCAAGCUUCUCAAAUUCUACUUCAAGUUUUUUUUUUUUUUUUUGGAGUCCACCCUUUUUUUCCCUGAAUUCAUGGAGCAGUGUCAGCAACCCACAAGCCAAAAGGGAUAUAGAAACUAGAGGGAAAAGCUCCAACACUUUGUAGUUUCAUGCAUUGAUCCCUCAAAUUUUCUAGAAGGUAUCAUCAUUGUCCAAAAGGGUAAAUACAAGUAGGAAUUGGAUCUUCCACAGCAUCACUUUUUACCUGUUUGUUCUGUGUCAGCUCUGUUUUUGUUCUGCUCUCUCACUCUGUAAGAGCUUUUGUUGGAAAAAGAAAAAAAAAAAAAAAACUCUUUCCUAGCAAUGGAUUCUUUCAAUCAAGCUUCUGGGUUCCGUUAUAACCCAAAUUCGAACACAAUGGGUGUUGGUGAUGGUGAUUCUGAAGAGCCAGGGAUUCUUGAAAUCUAUGUUCAUCAUGCUAGGAAUAUUCACAACAUAUGCAUCUACGAUAACCAAGAUGUCUAUGCAAAAUUCUCUCUUACUUAUAACCCAGAUGAGACCCACUCAACUAGAAUUAUCAAUGGAGGUGGCAAGAACCCAGUAUUCAAUGAAAAACUGGAGAUCAAAGUCGCCCAACUUGAUGCAGUUCUCAAGUGUGAGAUUUGGAUGCUUAGUAGAGCUAGGAACUACAUGGAGGAUCAGCUUUUAGGGUUUGCUUUGGUCCCAAUUUCACAAGUUGUUGGUAAAGGAAAGGUGACUCAUGAUUAUAGCCUCUCAUCCACUGAUCUCUUUCACUCCCCUGCUGGAACUGUACAGUUAUCUCUUUCUGUGAACACAUCUUUGCCUUUGAAUCCUUCUGCAGCCGCUGCUAAUUCUUCCAUAUCAGCUGAAGUUGUGUUGCUAGACAGGAAAAUAUCAGAAGUAAUCCUUGAUCCUGUCGAGUACUCAAGGAUCGAAUUUCCUGAUAUCAAUGCUGUUACUGAGAAUCAGCAAAUGGUAUCCGAGUAUUUUGAUGGUUUGGGUUGCAGGCCUGGCUCAUUUCUUCAUCUGGGUGCUUCUCCUCCUGUUAUCGACUAUGAAAUGGCCAUAAAUUCCUCCGAGGAAAAUCAAGGUGGUUCCACUUCUCCCAAUGGCAGCAUCCAAAAUUCAGGUUUCUUGAGCUCAACCACAACCAGCCUAAGCGAUGAUCGAAACUCGUCGGAUUCAAUUGACAAAAAGGGUCGUCUGGGCUCUAAUUUUUCCAACUCCCUCAACGUUUCGGUGACCACAGACGCUAAUCACGGCUCGAGCACUUGUCCUGACACUCCAACGUCAAAGAAAGGAGGUGAAGUGAGAGAGGAAAAGGACGAUGAGGAAGAAAACAAGGAAGGGACUAUAAAUUCUGGCAAAUUUGGUCAAGUAUUUUCGUCUCCAUUAGGGAAUAUAAAUCUUGAAGCGGAGCAAUCUGCAAUGCAGCAACAGAUAGUAGACAUGUACAUGAGGAGUAUGCAGCAGUUCACUGAAUCUUUAGCCAAGAUGAAGCUCCCUAUGGAUCUUGACAAGCCUGAAAGUGAAGAAACUGGGGAUUUGAUUCAAAGCCAUAGCAAUAAACUAGAGCUUGAGAAGAAACAGAAAAAGGAUGGAUCAAGGGUGUUCUAUGGAAGCAGGGCAUUCUUCUAAUUUUACUUAACUUCUGCUGCUUCAUACAUAUGUUAUUGUCCUCUCUAGGUUUGUUGUUGCAGGUUAUGGAGUUUAAUUUAUUGAAACUGUGGGUUUCUCUCGGCUCAAUCUAUGCUAUUUGUGACUGGAAAUUAGUUCUUGUCUAGUAAUAUUUGGCAUUAACCUUUUUAAGGACAUGAUUGUAGUUCUGUUGCAAUUUCAGACCAGUUUUUGUUGGGUGGCAUAGGGUAUUCUAGCAUUCAGACAUUUUCCUGUGUUAUUUUCCAGGAAAAGAAAAUAAAUUCAUAUGAUGGCUAUAUAUAUGAACUCCACUUUUAUUUA